AGCCCACUCCCCCAUCCUCCAUCCUAAAUGCUGCUACAGCCCACCGACCUACUAAGCUGUCAGCAGAGGCUGUGAGGGCAGACUGGCUGGAAUUUCAGAACAGCCAAAGGUUUUAUACAGCUGCUCUAAGGCAGGAAAAAGGCUGAGCUAACACCCAACAAAGGACUAACCAGAGAAAAGUGCUGCCUCUCUUCUCUGACACUCCAUGCGCUGCUAAACUCUAGCAAGCCAGGAUGCACUGAAUCACUCUACAAGGAAAUGCUAUUGUACAUGUGAAGAGGAAAAUCUGUGCUGAUUCUGGAGAGUUAAGAGAGGUGCACAGGGGAAGGUUUUUGUCUAUCAGUCAGUACCUUGAAGGAUGGCUAUCACUGGGGGAAUGCAAAUCUCUGACUUGAUGUUGCUGCUUUGGAUAACUGUAUUUGGUGCUUGCUGUUAUUCUGUGGAUUCAUCAAGAAACCACCGGCAGCUCAUAACAUCACCAAGUACAACUGGAGUAUGCCGAUAUGGUAUCAAAACUGAAUGCUGCUAUGGCUGGAAGAGAAACCGCAAAGGACAAUGUGAAGCUGUAUGUGAGCAGGGCUGCAAGCAUGGAGAAUGUGUGGGACCUAACAAAUGCAAAUGCAUUCCUGGAUUUACUGGAAAGACAUGCAAUCAAGAUCUCAAUGAAUGUGGUCUGAAACCCCGGCCAUGUGAACACAGAUGUAUGAACACUCAUGGCAGCUACAAGUGCUACUGCCUCAAUGGAUACAUGCUCAUGCCAGAUGGAUCUUGUUCAAACUCAAGAACCUGUGCCAUGGCAAACUGCCAGUAUGGCUGCGAGCAAGUCAAAGGAGAUAUACGGUGCUUGUGCCCCUCAAGUGGACUGCAGUUGGGACCAGAUGGAAGAACUUGUAUAGAUAUCGAUGAAUGUGCUGUUGGCAAAGCUUCGUGUCCUAUAAAUCGCAGAUGUGUAAAUACAUUUGGAAGUUACUACUGCAAGUGCCAGAUUGGUUAUGAAUUAAAAUAUGUGAAUAGAAGAUACGACUGUAUUGAUAUAAAUGAAUGUUUGCUGACUACUCAUAAGUGCAGUAUUAAUGCUGACUGUCUCAAUACUCAGGGAUCAUUUAAAUGUAGAUGCAAACAAGGAUUCAAAGGCAAUGGACAGGAAUGCUCUGCUGUUUUUGACAAGCCAGUUAAGGAGAGUCCUAAAUUCAGUGGAAGUGUCAAAGAUGCUAUUAAGAAGCUACUUGCUCAUAAAAACAGCCUGAACAAAUAUCAAGACAUAAAGAAUGUGAUACCCGAGAAAUUUAUAACACCACCACCUAAAAACCACUUGCAGCCUUUUGACUAUGAAGAUGAAGUUUACAUUGGUGGCAAUGACAAUGAAGAAGAAGAGGAGAUAGAAGAACUGGAUGAAGAGGAAGAAGGAACCAUUGAAAAUGUAAUAGAAGAAGAAAGACUACUACGUGGUGAUGUGUUUGCCCCUCAGGUUAAAAGAGCAGCUGUUUUGAGUUCACAACCAAUAAUCAAUACAGCUCCAGUGCUGAAAUCAGAUGAGGUGUCAGUUGAUUGCAGAUUUGAUCAAGGAACAUGUGAGUGGAAACAGGACAGCAAAGAUGAUUUUGACUGGAAACAUGCAGACCGACACAGUGGUAUUGGAUAUUAUAUGUCAGUUCCAGCAUCUGCCAGUCAAAAGAAAGGCAUUGGUCGUCUAAAACUUCAACUCACAUCUUUAAAUAUCAACCGCAAAUUUUGCUUGACGUUCAUCUACCGCCUGGUGGGAGAAAGAGUGGGGAAACUACGGGUGUAUAUUGAUGAAAACAUCACUCCUAUAUGGGAAGAAACAAGAAACAGGGAUGAAGGGUGGAGGACUGCAAAAAUUGAGAUACAAGAGUCAAACACCAGAAAAAGUAGCAAUAUAACCUUUGAAGCUCUGCGUGGAAAGAGCAAAGCUGGAGAAAUGGCACUCGACAAUGUUUUCAUUUCAUCUGGUCCAUGCUCUGACGACUGACUCACUAUAAUUAAUAAAAUUCACAGUUCACAAAGAAAAGCUAAAACAUGCUUUAAAUUUCUUUCAUAACACAGACUGUCUGUAAAAUGUGCCUUUUGAAAAUAGUAUGAAUAUUUUAUUGCUAAAAAUAUUAUGUGUGGCCAUGAAUAUUUAUAUUGUUACCAGGAUUUUCUACAGCUUUAAACCAAGGUUGCUGAGCAAAAUGUAUGAAAAUACUAAAAUGUCUCCCAUUUCCUUUGUGUUAUCAAUACUAUUCAUUGUUGCCAAAAGUACAUGCCAUUAUGAUGUGUAUUGUCAAAAUAUUCAUCAUAUCUAAUAUAAUCCAAGAUUUUAAAAACUAUUUCCUUUUUCUCUGUAAUACUAAAACAGUACAUUGCACUUGAUCCAAACUAAGAUAUAAUUAAUCUUCAUUGGAAGCAAAACC